UCUGAGGCCUUACCUCACCAUCAAUGGCCUCUCUUCUUCUUCAACCUCGUCAUCAUCGUCUUCGUCCUCUUCUUCCUUUACCGGUCUGUGUCAUCUUCUUCCUCAUUUUUCUUCUCUCCAUUAUCAAUCCUUCUCACCAAGCUUCUUCUAAUAAUGUCACCGUCCCAUUAAACCCUAGGCUGAUCAAAGCUUACUAUGCUCUUCAAGCAUGGAAGCAUUCCAUCACCUCCGAUCCCAAGAACUUCACCUCCAACUGGUACGGCUACCAUGUUUGCAACUACAACGGCGUUUACUGUGCUCCGGCGCCGGAUGAUCCCCACAUCUACACCGUCGCCGGCAUCGACCUCAACCACGGCGACAUCUCUGGUUCCUUGCCGGAAGACCUUGGUCAACUCACCGACCUUGCUCUCUUCCAUCUCAACUCUAACCGGUUCUGUGGGACCCUCCCUCAGAGCUUCCGUAACCUUCAUCUUCUUCAUGAGCUUGACGUCAGUAACAACCAGUUGUCCGGGCCGUUCCCCGACGUCAUUUUGUGUCUCCGUUCGUUGAAGUUCUUGGACAUUAGGUUCAACUCUUUCGAAGGCACGGUCCCUUUUGGUCUCUUUGACCUUAAGCUCGACGCCGUUUUCAUAAACGACAACAAGUUUCAGUUCUCGUUGCCGGAGAAUCUCGGGAAUUCUCCGGUGUCCGUUGUGGUCUUCGCCAACAAUAAUCUGAAUGGGUGUGUUCCGUCGAGUCUGGGAAAAAUGAAGGACACGCUUAAUGAGAUUAUAAUUUCCAACAGUGGGUUAAAGGGCUGUUUACCGGAGGAGAUUGGUAAAUUGGAUCAAGUUACGGUGUUUGAUGUGAGUUUUAACAAGUUAAUCGGAACGUUGCCGGAAUCUAUUGAGGGAAUGAAGAAAUUGGAGCAGUUGAAUGUGGCGCAUAACGAGCUCUCCGGUGAGAUUCCGGCGAGUGUGUGCUCGUUGCCGAGGUUACAGAACUUCACGUACUCCUAUAACUACUUCUGCAGCGAACCGCCUACCUGUCUGAAGUUGCCGGCGAAAGAUGAUCGGAAAAAUUGUAUUCCUUACCGGCCGAUGCAGAGGUCAGAAAUGGAAUGUAAAGCUUUUUAUGCUCACCCAGUUGAUUGUGGUGCCUUUGGAUGCUCAAGGCCGCCACCACCGCCUCCUCCUCCAUCACCUCCUCCGCCAUCUCCUCCUCCUCCAUCACCACCUCCGCCAUCUCCUCCUCCUCCAUCACCCCCUCCGCCCCCUCCACCCCCACCUCCUCCUCCUCCGCCCCCUCCGCCCCCACCUCCUCCACCUCCGCCGCCGCCACCGCCACCUCCUCCUCCGGCGGUUCACCAUUAUUAUCCGUGAUGACAGCAAAAUUAGUAAAUAUAAUUUACUUCUUUCUUUUCCGUAUAGAAUAAUCAGGAAAGUUUAAUUGCUGCUUACUUGGAUGAGUUAGUCAGCAUUUGGAAAAAAUUUUAAAAAUAAAAAAAAAAAUCUAGCACGUCGACAUUGAUGGGGUUAAUUUAUGGGAUAUAAUUACAUUAUUACGUUGUACUCAUACUUUUUUGUUUUUUUGCCAGACGUUGUAAUCAUAUAUAGUCAUACUUGAAAUUAGUGGCGUUUGUUUUUUUGCUGGUCAA